AUGUGGUCACAUCUCUGUAGUGUCGAAGGGAACUACACGGAUUUUCCCACCAUCUCUGCUUUAUUUACUCCAUCAUUCUAUGAAGAUGAUCACGUGACGCUACGCCUCAGACAACUGUUCACGAAUUUGGCGAAGUUCGAAGAAGAAUGCGAUGAUCCAGAAGUGUGGAAUGAAUUGACAAAUGUUGACAUAUCUGGUCGACAACUUUGUGUGCUACUUUGGUUUUCUAUGGAAUGGGCUCUGGCCAAAAACAGCACUUUCGAGAUAGUCGAACGAGGGGCUCUUGCGGCUUGCGCUUACCUCUACCUUUCCAGUAUAAAAGGCUCAAAAGCUUACCACAUCUUUAAUCCUUACCUUUAUCAGAAAUGUCUGCUAGUGUUCCGUUCCUUAUAUCGAUGCUUAGCAUUUGAUUGUCGCGAACCUGGUUCGCAAAACAAAUCGAAAGGAAAGGCGAAGUCGAAGAAGAAGCAGCAUCAGGACGCGAUGGACGUUGACGAAGCUGAAGCGGAAGAGGAUAUUGAUAUUGCCCUAACAUUUGACAAAGAAGAUGUGAAACAUCUCCUUGAGGAAGCGAGUGAGUCACUGUUUGUGCUGCUUGGCAAAGUUUCGCUGUCAAGUUAUGCUGAAAUUCCUCUGUUGACAACAAUGCUGGUACGGGACUUAGCAAGGAUUGACUGUGGUCAAGACACCAAAGUAGAUAUUGUGGAAAGUCUUCAGGACUUUAAGAAGUUACGCAAACUGAGUGACCGCUCCUUUGCUCUGAUGCACAGACUUAUCGACAGUCGACAUACCCGUGGUGGUUACCUGGUUAUUUCCCGUAUAGUCUACCCAAGAUUGGCAUAUUGGACUUUUGAGUGUGAUGUAAUCCCCUCAUCAACAGCUAUACCAACGUCGUUUACCACAUGGAGGGAUCUCAUGGUGAAGUUCGUCAAAAUCCGAGUCGAACUCGGCAAUCUUGGAGAGCUUCGGAAUAUUUUCGUGGUCAGUUUCAGUUAUUGUUAA